AGUUCAAAACGGUGAAUUUCACCGAAAGGUGACAAGUUUGCAGGUAUGCUUCAACCAGUCCAGACAUGCCCUUUAAUUCAGUCGGCUCCUCCGCCAUGUCGCCGCUGUCGGCACAACACAACAGCGAGACCCUCAGCCUCCACAUCCUCCGCGUCCUCCUCUGUCCGCCGCGUCUCCAGCGAGUGUCUCUCCCCUGCCAUGCCCCGGGUCACCUGUCUGCUGCCCGCCCUGCUGUUCGUCCUCCUGCCGGGCUCGAGCCGGGGGUAUUUCCCCGAGGAGCGCUGGAGCCCCGAGUCUCCGCUCCUCGCUCCCCGGGUUGUCGUCGCGCUCGUCUGCCGCAACUCGGCGCACUCUCUGCCGCUGUUCCUCGGAGCCGUCGAGCGCCUCAACUACCCGAAGGAUCGCAUUGCGCUUUGGGUGGCGACAGAUCACAAUAUAGACAACACCACGGCCAUCCUGAGAGACUGGCUUACCAAGGUGCAGAAUGACUAUCACUUUGUGCAGUGGAGACCUGAAGAUGAACCCAGUGCCUUUGAAGACGAGACGGGGCCUAAGCACUGGAAUAAUCUGCGGUAUGAACACGUAAUGAAGCUGCGCCAGGCAGCGCUGGAGACCGCCCGUGAGAUCUGGGCCGACUACCUGCUGGUGGCCGACUGUGACAACCUGCUCACCAAUGCGGACACGUUGUGGAAGCUGAUGAGUGAGAACAAGACCAUUGUGGCGCCGAUGCUGGAGUCCAGAGCGGCGUACUCCAACUUCUGGUGCGGCAUGACUUCACAGGGUUACUACAAACGCACACUGGCCUACAUUCCUAUCCGUAAGCAGGAGCGGCGUGGCUGCUUCGCCGUACCGAUGGUCCACUCCACCUACCUGGUGGACCUGCAGAAAGAAGCCUCUCGUCGGCUGGCUUUUUAUCCACCACACCCACAGUACCGCUGGGCCCUGGAUGAUGUCAUCGUCUUUGCCUACUCGGCUCGCAUGUCAGAAGCGCAGAUGUAUGUGUGCAACAAAGAGACUUAUGGGUAUUUCCCAGUGCCGAUGCGUUCCUCCGGUACGCUGGAGGAUGAGGCGGAGAGCUUCGUGCAUACUCUGCUUGAGAUCACGGUGAAACACCCUCCAUUGGAGCCCUCCAGCUUCCUGUCUCUCCCUCCCAAGCAGCCUAACAAGAUGGGCUUUGAUGAGGUGUUUAUGAUCAAUCUGGUGCGCAGAUCUGACCGUCGUGAGCGUAUGCUGAGAACUCUGUAUGAGCAGGAGCUCAGCUGUAAGGUUGUUGCUGCUGUGGAUGGCAAAGCUCUGAACCAGACGGAUAUAGAGUCAAUGAGGAUUAAGAUGCUGCCGGGUUACAAAGACCCUUAUCACGGUCGGCCCCUCACCAAGGGUGAACUGGGUUGUUUCCUCUCUCAUUACAACAUCUGGAAGGAGAUAGCAGAUCGCGGGCUGCAGACCUCUCUGGUCAUCGAGGACGACCUUCGCUUCGAGGUGUUCUUCAAGCGGCGUCUCCAGACGUUGCUGCAGGAGCUGACGACGCACAAGCUGGACUGGGAUCUCAUUUACAUUGGGCGUAAGCGGAUGCAGGUGGACCACCAAGAGAAGUCCGUACCAAACAUCCACAAUCUGGUGGAGGCGGACUACUCCUACUGGACACUCGGCUACCUCCUGUCUCUACAAGGAGCCCAGAAGCUGCUCGGGGCAGAACCUCUGGACAAGUUGCUUCCUGUCGAUGAGUUCCUCCCCGUCAUGUUCGACAAGCAUCCAGUUUCCGAGUACAUGGACCACUUUGAGAGUCGGGACCUGCGUGCGUUUUCUGCCGAGCCGCUUCUGGUGUACCCGACCCACUACACCGGAGACCAGGGCUACAUCAGCGACACGGAAACAUCGGUGGUCUGGGACAACGAGACCGUCGAAACGGACUGGGACCGAGCCACGUCGAGGAAAACUCAGGAGCAGGGAGAGCUGAGCUUCGAGGCCCAGAACUCUGACGUACUGCAGUCUGAACUGGAGAACUGGAGCGCGAGGGACGAGCUGUGAUGAAGACGAGACACAGACCGAGAUGAGGACGAGGGAGAUGGAACAAAGCUGUGAUGGUGAGGAGGAUGGAAAAGAUGGAGAGAAUAUAACAGAACACAGGAGAAGAGUAGAUGGGCACAGGUUAGGUGACUAAUGCUUCUCCUUCUAUAUUUCUAUAUCCAUCUUUUUGAUCUUUCUCUUCAGAGAUGAGGCGAAGAUGCUCCUCCGUUGAUCACAGCCUGGUCCAAUAGUAGUUACAUGUUUUUAAAUAGUAUUUCGCCCAGUUGUAUCCAAAAUCAUAUUAUGUAUAAAGUCAUCCAGAGUAAAUUUCUUAUACAAUUAUGAGUUGGAAACAGUUGCAGUUUAGCCGAAAUCUAAGACGUCUCUAAAGGACAACUUCACAUCCCUUGAUUACAUGGGAAGGCUUUCUAUUGACUGUCUUCUGUAAGUGUUACAUUAAUAACUUUUCCGUAUGUGUUUUUUAUAAAUUUAACGUCAAACCUUUUUUACACUGAUAACAGCUACAUAUUGGUUUAGUGUUUCAGUUUUUCCCCCAUAGUUCAAGAUGCAUUUUUAAUUAAACAAAUUCAGCUUGUUGUUGCAUUUUCUUUGAUGAUCAGACAAACAAAUGAAUAUAUAUAUUUUUUGUAACUUUCCAUGUUUAGUUCUUUCAACACGCGUGUCUUUUAUUUUCAACCAAAGAAUGAAUAAACACUUUUAGAAGGA